AUGAGCGGCUAUCCUUAUGGAAAUCCAGGAGGAGGUUAUCCACCACAGUAUGGCGGAGGAAAUACUGGUUAUCCUAAUUAUCCUCAAAAUCCUGGCUUUCAACAAUCACCACCAAUGCCUUCCUAUAACGAUAACCAAUCGUGUGCGUCUCUCUACGGUACACCAGGACCGAUGCAAAAUAAUAGUGGUUAUCCACCACCACCGGGACCAUAUGAUCAAUACAGUGGAAAUCAGAUGCCGAAUGCACCAUACGGAAUGAGUGGGAGCGCUGGUGGAAACUAUUGUCCACCACCACCACAGCCAUCAGGAGGAUAUAUGCCACCUUCUACAUAUGGCCAAUAUCCGCAACAACAUGGAGGAUAUGAUCAAUCACAGUAUCAACAACCUUAUCCAUCUCAACCACCACCACCAUCUGGUGGAAUGUAUCCUAACAUGCAACAGGGACCAUCCAAUUAUGGUGGCGGUCCACCAUCUUCAUUGUAUCAACAGCCUGGAUUUCUCCCAGUCGAGCAAACAUCCAUAUUUCUGGCUAGUUUAGAACAAUAUCAAGGAACGGUCUUUCCGGCACAGAAUUUCAACGCUGAAGCUGAUUGUCAAGCGUUAAGUCAGGCAAUGAAAGGCGCAGGUACUAAUGAGCGUGUUUUAAUUGAUAUCAUUGCAAAUCGAUCAAAUAUCCAACGUCAACAGAUUAAACUUCAAUACAAAACGAUGUAUGGUGUUGAUUUAGUUAAACAAGUUGGUGGUGAAUUGAGUGGACAUUUCAAAGAGACAAUUACUGCUCUUUUUGAUGCGCCUGCCAACUACGAAGCAUGGUCAUUGCAUGAAGCAUUGAGUUCGGGAAAAGAAGGAACUCUACGAGAAAUCUUAUUGACAAGAAAUAACGCAGAGAUCCGUGCAAUUGUCGAUGCAUAUCGUCGAACCUAUAACAAGGAUCUUGAACACGAUAUUAGUAGUCGUGUACGUGGAACAGAUUUCAAACGUAUGUUAAUUUCAGCAGUACAGGCGAAUCGUGAAGAACUUACACCACAGCAGGUUCAACAAGCUCGACAAAUGGGUAUUGAAAGUGUUAUUGAUCGUAAUCGUGCACGCCAAGAUGCUGAUGAUUUAUACAAAGCCGGCGCUGGUAAAUGGGGAACAGAUGAGAAAACAUUCAACGCUAUCUUUUCGCGCCGUAGCUAUUAUCAACUUCGUGCGACGUUCGAAGAGUACCAAAAGAAACAUCGACAAGAUAUCGCCCAAGUCAUUCGAUCGGAAUUUUCUGGUGAUGCUAAAGAUGCCUAUAUUGCUCUCGUCACAUGUAUUCGUGACCGUCCAUCAUUCUUUGCCGAACGUAUCCACAAAGCUGUGAGCGGCUUAGGUACAAAAGAUUCGACAUUAAUUCGUGUGAUUGUGACACGUUCGGAAAUUGAUCUUGCACAAGUCAAAAUGCGAUAUCAACAAAUGUUCAAUCGUUCUUUAGCCCAUGACGUCGGAGGUGAUACAUCCGGAGAUUACAAACGUCUACUUUUGUCAAUUUUGAAAUGA